AUGAGCGGACAUGAAGGGCCUUUCAAGAUAGUCAUUGGGGCGAGGCUGGAAGUCUUGCACAUCGGUAAGCUGGACUGUGCUGACUGUAUGCCUGUGCCGGGCUAUGCCGGGCUGCUGAGGGACGACAAGCAAGCCUGCCAGGCAUCCACCCAGUCUGCGGCCUACUUGACAAGGUACUGCAGCUCCGAGGCACUCAGGCGCAUCCUGCAAAUCAGUAUCAGUCAAACAGUCCCCAAGCGUGCAAGCGUGGAAGAUCACAGCUGGCAGGAGCGCUUCCACUCCUUGGCCCCGAUCUACUACCGCAAUGCUGAUGGCGCCUUGCUGGUUUACGACGUCACUGACCUGGAGAGCUUCAGGCGAGUCGCGAAAUGGGUGGAAGAGCUUCAGGUGAUGGCUGGGAGCUCAUGGCUGGUGCCAAGAGGGGGCACCAAGUGUGUUCUGGCGAUUGUUGGCAACAAAUCAGACUUGCAGUCCCAGGCACCGGGCAGCUGGAGUGCAGGGGCGGUAGAUGUUUGCACUGUGAAGAAAGCUGAGGCCAAAGUGCCUAAGGCCGAUGCGGAGACCUACGCAAGGAUCCUUUGA